AUGGCUGUGUUUUACGGUCUUUACGCGAGGAAAUGUUUGUUAAAAAUAUGUAAAUUAGCAAGACAUUCCUCAAAUAAGAAAUCUAGUUGGAAACCUUUUCACAGAAAAUUCUCCAGUAAACUGUCGAAUAAAGAACACUGCAACGUCGGUACGAUUGGACAUAUAGACCACGGAUCGGCUCUUCAAGCUUUGAAUGGUGUGUCCCAAUUUGAGAACUCCAUUAAAAAUUUAAUUACAGCAAUGGAUAGCUAUAUAAUUAUUCCUGAUCGAAAUGUAGAAGCACCGUUUCUUUUCCCCAUAGAUUCGGCCGUAGCGAUUAAAGGACGGGGUACUGUUGCCGUCGGAACUGUCCAGCAAGGUAUUAUAAAAAAAGGUAAUAAUGUUGAUAUACUGGGACACGGUGCUUCUUUAAAAUCUGUUGUAUCUGAUAUACAAAUUUUCAAAAAUUCAGUUUUAUCUUGUUCAGCCGGUGACAAUGCAGGGGCGCUUCUAAGAGGUAUGCGCCAAGAAGCUGUGCUACGAGGUAUGUUUUUGGCUCAGCCUAACACUUUUAAACAAUAUGACAUGUUUGAAGCGCAAAUUUACGUUCUUACUCCAGCUGAAGGAGGACGUCAUAAACCUAUUAGCCACAAGUAUAUCCAGCUGUUAUACAGUACAACUUGGAAUAUUGCUUGUUGUGUGUAUCUACCGGACAAUAUACCUUUAAUUAUGCCAGGCGAUACUUUAAAAACAAAGAUCUUGCUGAGAAAACCGAUGGUAUUCUUAUCAGGGCAACGUUUCACGAUUCGUGAAAACCAAAUUAGUGCCAUUACUGGUAUUAUCCUUCGACCACUGACAUCUGAAAACAUUGAAAAAAUCGCUGGGUUUAAUUACGAACGACCAAAACCACACUUUAUUGAAAGUGGUAAUUAUCUUGUUCAAAAAAAGCGGAAAAAGAAAAAAUCUUAA